GGGAUCUUCUCUCCAUCACAUGCUGGGGUCCUGCUGACGAUGAAGGAGUCCAGUGACUGGCAUCAGAAUAGGGAUACUAUGAUAAGUUGAAGACCUAUCUCUCACUGCUGCAUAGUCACUAUCUGGUUAUAGAAUCAGAACAUCUCCAAGUUAGGUGUUACACACAUUUCCUUUUUGAUGUUUAAGUCCAGCAUAUCAGUUCUCCUACACAAAAUGAAGAAGCAGAACAUAAGGACCCUGUCUCUAAUCCUCUGCAUGUUUUCUUAUCUCUUGGUGGGAGCAGCUGUUUUUGAUGCACUCGAAUCUGAGUCUGAGAGCUCAAGAAAAAGAAUUCUGGAGGAAAAAAGAACUGAUCUGAAAAAGAAAUAUCAUUUUUCAGAUGAGGAUUAUCGAGAGAUAGAGAGAGUGGUUUUGCAGUCUGAGCCUCACCGUGCAGGCAAGCAGUGGAAAUUUGCUGGCUCCUUCUAUUUUGCUAUCACAGUUAUUACUACAAUAGGAUAUGGGCAUGCUGCUCCAGGGACUGAUGCUGGAAAAGUCUUCUGCAUGUUCUAUGCUGUCCUUGGAAUUCCACUUACCUUAGUCAUGUUUCAGAGUCUGGGAGAGCGCAUGAACACAUUUGUAAGGUUCCUGUUAAAGAAGAUGAAGAAGUGUUUUCAUAUGAGGAAAACAGAUGUAUCCAUGGAGAACAUGGUGUUAGUUGGCUUCCUGUCUUGCAUUGGUACAUUGGGCAUAGGAGCAGCAGCUUUCUCAUAUUUUGAAGGUUGGACAUUUUUCCACUCUUACUACUACUGUUUUAUUACCCUUACCACCAUAGGGUUUGGAGACUUUGUUGCUCUACAGAAGAAUGAAGCUUUGCAGAAAAAGCCACCCUAUGUUGCUUUUAGCUUCAUGUAUAUCCUAGUGGGGUUAACUGUAAUUGGAGCUUUUCUUAACUUAGUAGUGCUCCGCUUUUUGACCAUGAAUUCUGAAGAUGAAAGACGUGACGCUGAAGAGAGAGCUUCUUUAAGAAGAGCCCACAAUAGCAUCAGUCUGCAAUCCAAAAUGGUCAACAGAAGUCGAAGUUCCAUAUUUCUUCCUAUAGGCGAUAGGACAAGUCAGAUUAAUCUUAUACCUCUUAUGCAGGAUGAUUGUGAGAGGGGAAGACGUAGAUCUUCCAAUACAACUUCCAGAGAAGGAUCAUUUUGCACAUGUAUGUGCUACAGAUCUCAUUUCUGCGAUAGUCCAGCAACAUCGCACCAUGAGUCCUUUAGCUGUCACACAAACCCAGUUUAUUAUAAUUCCAUCUCCUACAAAAUUGAUGAAAUUUCUCUAAGCACAAGGGACAACACUGGGUUUUCUUCUCCUGAAAGCACUUUCUCACCCACCUGCCAACGCUACAGAAAUCAUUUCAGACUCAGGCGAAGGUCUAUUUAGAGUCUGAAGCUGUGUCUCACUAAUUAAUUUAAUACAGCAGAGCUUGGCAACAGCAGACCUUGAGUGCUUUGACAAAAUCACGUUAUAAAACCACAUAUACAUCCAAUUUAGGAAAUCUGUGUUCGUCAGGUAGUGCUGUUGAACAAAGUGGCUGAACGCCAUUGUAGCUAAAUGUAUUUUCCAGAUAAUUAAGGAAGAAAUUAAGGACACAUCAAGAUAGAACGUCAUCUGUUGUAUGUUGGAAUACAUGUAGAUGGAUUGUAUUUUACAGGGAAAGACCUUAAUGUCCUUUGUGGGUGGAACCAAAGCACUAAUAAUUUUUAAUAUGUUAACGCUCUGCCUAG